AAAGAGCAUCAAGAAGCUUUUCAAUUAGUAAUAAGAGCUGGUGGCUCUGGAGGAGCUGAUGUAAUUUUAACACUAGGUGAAAAUAAACUAUUCACCCAUUGCGUGUGACCUAAAGGUUCACCUUCAACGUUUUAUUUUGACGUUAAUUUGAAGAGGUGGGGUCUUAAACCAAAACAGCAAGAAAAUGAAAUUGGAGCUGAUUCAAUUCGGUCUAAAAUAUUUCACUUGUAUUCAUCAGUCAUCUGUCAUCUAAAAAAACAUGGCCGUGUAUUGACGACCCUAGAUGCUUAUUUAUUUUCUGUUAGAGGCUGUUAAAACCAAUUUGGACCAAAAUAACGACCCCUCCUGCCACUGAUCAAUAGCUUGAAUCUGCACUGAAUUUCAGUCGCAGCCCAGCGUGUAGGAGAAUGCAGACAGGGGGGCGGGGUGGAGUUCACAGCUUUUACUUUUCAAACGCUCCUCUGGCAGAAGAGCUCAUUCUUCUUUGCCAGGCAAACAGCGGAGUUGGCGUUGAUGCGUCCUGCCAUGUGAUCCCACUUUAGUCAGAUCAGUCGCCUCGCCGCCGCAGCAGCCUCCCGUUAAACUUUCCAUGCUGUUGCCCGUCCAAUGGACAGCACUUAGGAGCUUUGCCUGGACCUUACCCGCUCCUGCUCGUUCGCCCGCUGCGCUCCGGCUCUCCACCGUCGGCUCUCCAGGUUUAGAGGGACUCACGCGGGCCGGGGAGUUGGCCUGGGUCUCCCGCUGCACAUAUGGAGGGAGACGUUAUGGACAAAGUGGAGGCCACGGCGACGGUCCGUGACUUCGACCCCAUCAGUGGGAGCAUCCCGGCCACCAAAGUGGAGAUCACCGUGUCAUGCAGGAACCUCUUGGACCGAGACACUUUCACCAAAUCUGACCCAUUGGUUGUCUUGUACACCCAGGGCGUGGAGUCCAAACAGUGGAGAGAGUUUGGCAGAACAGAGGUGAUCGACAACACACUAAACCCAGACUUUGUCAGGAAGUACAUCCUGGACUACUUCUUUGAGGAGAAGCAGAACCUGCGCUUUGACGUGUAUGAUAUUGACUCUAAAAGCCCAGAUCUGGCAAAGCAUCCAACCGACUUUAACGACUUCCUGGGACAGGUCCACUGUACACUGGGAGAGAUUGUGGGCUCACCUGCCAGUCGCCUGGAGAAGCCUUUGGGUGGCAUACCUGGGAAGAAAUGUGGGACCAUUAUCUUGUCUGCUGAGGAGCUGGGAAACUGCAGAGAUUACGCCACAAUGCAAUUCUGUGCCAACAAACUGGAUAAAAAGGACUUCUUUGGAAAGUCAGACCCCUUCAUGGUCUUCUACAGAAGCAACGAGGAUGGCACGUUCACCAUUUGCCACAAGACUGAGGUGGUGAAGAACACACUUAACCCCGUGUGGCAGCCCUUCUCCAUCCCCGUCAGGGCGCUCUGCAAUGGAGACUAUGACAGACUGACAGAAACCAGGACGAUCAAAGUGGAAGUGUAUGACUGGGACAGAGACGGGAGCCACGACUUCAUCGGCGAAUUCACAACCAGCUACAAAGAGCUGUGUCGGGGUCAGAGCCAGUUAAACGUCUACGAGGUGGUGAAUGCCAAGAAGAAAAUAAAGAAAAAGAGAUACAUCAACUCUGGGACGGUGUCCCUGUUGUCGUUCAACGUGGAGUCAGAGCACACCUUCCUGGAUUACAUCAAAGGAGGGACUCAGAUUCACUUCACAGUGGCCAUUGAUUUCACUGCAUCAAACGGAAAUCCAUCCCAGUCCACUUCACUGCACUACAUGAACCCAUACCAGAUGAAUGCCUAUGCCAUGGCCCUGAAGGCUGUGGGAGAGAUCAUCCAGGACUAUGACAGUGAUAAGAUGUUCCCUGCCCUGGGAUUCGGUGCUAAGCUGCCCCCUGAUGGGAGGGUCUCCCAUGAGUUUCCUCUGAACGGCAACACUGAGAACCCGUACUGCAACGGCAUGGAGGGGAUUCUCGAAGCUUACCAUCAAAGCCUUAAGACGGUUCAGCUGUAUGGACCCACCAACUUCGCCCCUGUAGUUAAUCAUGUGGCAAGGUACGCAGCAGCGGUUCAGGAUGGAUCUCAGUACUUUGUCCUGCUCAUUAUCACUGAUGGCGUCAUAUCAGACAUGGCUCAGACCAAGGAGGCCAUAGUGAAUGCAGCUAAACUCCCCAUGUCUAUCAUCAUUGUUGGAGUUGGUCAAGCUGAGUUUGAUGCCAUGGUGGAGCUGGACGGUGACGACAUCAGGAUCUCCUCACGGGGGAAGUUGGCAGAGAGAGACAUCGUACAGUUCGUCCCGUUCAGAGAUUACAUGGACCGCACAGGUAACCACGUGCUGAGCAUGGCGAGGCUGGCUAAAGACGUACUGGCUGAGAUCCCUGACCAGCUGAUCUCCUACAUGAAGAGCAGAGGCAUUAAACCCAACCCCGUCCCACCAGCUUACUCGCCCGGGGACCGCCCCCAGUCCAACCCCGUCUGAACCCCCAACCCCUCCACACACCACCACCACCACCACCGCCGCCGCCGCACAGCUCUACGUUGGGGUGGGGCAGGGUCAGGAUUGAUUGGAACCUGCCUCCACCAACCGUCCUUUUGAGGGGGAGAAUGGAAACGCUCUCGAGGCUCUAUCUUAAAUAUUAAUCCGGCUAAAAAAAAAAAAAAAACGAUGGUGAGACUCCAUCUUGUUUUGGAGCUUUAAGACAGUUUAGGGGGAACCGGCUGAUGAUCAGGGAGUUUUUCUCUCUUCAGCGCUGAGAGGAGCCCGGUGUAGAAGGAGGUUUUAGUUGUUCGCUGUCAAACCUGUCAAAGUGGUGAUGUACUGGAUAGCAAGUAAACCCCGUAGAGAGGGGCCUGUUUGAAGGCAUAAAUAUAUUAGAAUGUGCCAGUGUGUAUCAUGUUUGUGAUACCUUUUGGAGUUAAUGUGUGUUAAACUAGAAGAUCAUGUGUAUACUAAUUUAUUUAUUUAUUUAUUGCAGAAAUAACUUAUUCCUUUGAGGUGGUUUUAAAGGUUGGGGAUUAAAGUCAUAUUUCCCCUGUAGUUUUCCAUCUUAUAUUUUGUGACCAGUGUAAUAAAAAAAAGUCCCCAUUUCUACUUUGAUAAGGUCUGUAAUAUAAGAGCAUGUGAUGAAACCUAUUCAGCAGUUUAUGAAUCAUUUUCACUGAUGGAUAAUUUUUGAUUGCAAGCUGUAAUGUAGAGGACCUGCUGUGAGCUGCUGCCAUACUAAUUUUCCAGCACCAUGUCUUAUACGUAUUUCUAAUAUUUAUAGUAACAGAAUGCACUAAUUACUGUCCAAAUAAAAAGCACAAAGGUUAUGACGUUAAUAAGCUGAAAACCACUAUUUUGAAAGAACCUACAGCCACCACAAUGAAAAUAAUGGAAAGGACCCCGCAUUAUGUUUUCAACACGGCUUUUACAUCAUCUUCCACCAUCAUUUUAAACAGGAUGACAUGAGUAUAUUUAUAAGCAUAGUAUCGGUAUUAUACUGAUGUAAUAAAAUGAAACUUUAUGUUUACAGGAAAACAGAUGAAUAAUUUAAAGCACGUACUUGCUUUCCCUGUUAGUACGCAGACAGGUAAACUACACUUCUUAAGUCAUGCUGCCAAAUCUCUCUUGUUUUAUGUUUCUUUCCAUUAUAUUUGUUGUGGUUACAGUUUAUUGUCUGGGAUUUUGCUCAGUACUUUUAAAGGACCCGACAAAUAAACUUUUGAAAGACUGAUGUCAACUAAUACCCGCUGAUUUGUUUUCCCAGAGUGAAAACUGAACAAUCACAAAUCUUGCAGCAGAGAUAUUUGAAUGUGAUCUAAAGAAAGCAACAAGUUACUGCACAAAACGAGAACAGUUACGAGUCCAUCUUUUCUGAUCCAGUCGGUGUGUUAUGUGCACGUUGUGUCUAAUGUGUUUUACUUUUUCAUUGUCUCACCGAGUGUUCCCAGAUUACAUUGUUUUACACCAAUGCACAUCAGCCCAUUUUCUAACAAAACAUUGGAAUGCCAUUUUAUUGCCUAAGACACAAUUUCACAAUGUUAUUUUACGAAUUAAUUCAAGUCGAUAUAUUCACACAUUCUUUUUAGUGACUGUACAUAAGGUUUCUAAAGACAGUUACAGCCAUUGUGUCCCAGUUGUGUGCAUCCUGAGUUAUCUAUUUACUGUCUAAUGGCCAUUAUUUUCACUAGUAUCUCUCAGUCACUCAAUAUCUCGAUCCAAAUGUGCCUAUUAUAUGGAAACAUAUCCAAAUUCAGUUACCCAGGUGUUAUUCUGCCAGCAGCAGCAGGUCUCAUGUUUAAGAUGUACACACAGAAAAAACGUUGGUGACGAUCAAACUGUUGUAAGAUUAGGACUAUUACAGCCUCAGUGACUGAUACUAUACUUUUUAUACUUACAGCUCUUCACUAAUGAUCUUUGAAGUAAUGAAAGUUAACAGUGUUGCUGAGCCUUGUACAAUAUUCAAAGUCAAGACUUGUUUACAAUUCAACUGUGGCUAUUUACAUUGCCUCAAGGAAAAAGUAAACAUUCAUGGGUUUCAUUAGGAAGUGAGUUUAUUUUUGAUCUGUUGUGUUAUUGAGUCUUACUUUGUACCAACAGAGUUUCCCUGAAUGACACUGGAGAGCUGACGUUUACAAAGAUCUGUUGUGUUGUUCUCUGAGAAUGUGAAGCUCUUCUUCCGCGCUGUUGUUCUACUUUGUUUUUUUGUUUACAUAGUUCAUGUUGCUUUAUGGUCUUUGUAAGCCGUCCAGUGUUCUUUGACUCCCACUGCGUCAGCGCUCUCAGAGAGAAGAUAGUCUAAUGAUGUAGCAAACACUCAGUCCGGAGGCAGCGAGCUCCUCCUGUCACAGGCCCAGCUCCUCGUUUUCUUUUUUCUUCUCUUUUAAUUUUUCAUCAGUGAUGACAUUUGUCCCUCAGAAGACAAAGCAGCGUUCAAUCUGCUGCCAAAUUCUCUUCAGAAGUGAAAUGAGGCCACUAAGUUUUUAGUGACAUAACACUCAUAAAUACCAGUAUACCUCUACAGAAAGCCAUUCAAGCCAAAAAGAAAUAUACUGAAUACAUUUGCUAUUAAAUAUAUUUAAAUAAGUAUUAUGAAUUAAUAACUUAAAUAUCAUUAGAUUAUAAAUGUGAUAUAUUUACUUUGCAAGUAAUCUCUUGUCAAAGUUGUAUUUUUUUCACUUUUCAUUUCAAAACAAUAACAAAGUACUCAUUACUCAGAAAUUGAACUUAGGAAUGUUUUUCCUCUGGCAGGCGUGAUGCCUCUCAGAAAGUCAGCAUCAGCAUGCAGCUCAUAUACUGAGUGUGAUUGCAACUGUCUGUGAGAAAAGAGGAAAUGAAACCAUGUGAAGUUCAGGUGGGGGUUUAUGUUGUGUGCACAUUUCAAACAUAUUUCAUGUAAUUAAAACUAAUCAGAAAUCAGUUAAGGUAGGAUUAAAUGGCUGUUUGUCUGUUCUACUAAGAUUACAACAAGCUGUACGUUUUUGGCCCUGAGGCCUGCUCCAAAAAAAAGAAAAGAAAAAAAAACUGCUACCCUCAGUAGUAAACACAUAAUCAAUAAAUAUGAAAUGAGCACAGUAAUGACACUUAUGCAAUUGUGAAACAUGAAAUUAUUACAAAAUCUAUUUUUCAGUCUAAAAGAUGUCUUUCCAACAAUACAAUUAUUUAUUUUAUCCUGGUGGAAAUGGAUCUGAUUGUCCUUUCAUUUUGAGUUUUCUUUGAGGCUGAACUCUAAUUAUGUACAUAAACCCCAUAUAAAGACUUUUCAGUGCCAAAAUGUGUUCAGAUGAACUUGGCCUCUAGACAAUGUGCAUGUUUGUGCCAAAAUGGCAGGAAGUUUUGGUAGUCUGCCUUCAUUUCACCUGAUUAGUGCAUCUGCCAUGUGCUUCAUUUGUUUCUUUGGAUGUUAUUUAGAGAUAACAGCCACUUCUAGCAUGUUGUAUCUCUGGGUUCUUUCCAUUCUGUUCCUACGAGACACAUACUGUAUGGGUUCUUCUUGCCACUACUCCUGUUUUAUCCCAGGUUGUUUACAUACCUCUCUUGGUCUCUGACUUGCAUGCUGAAUAAUUUCCAAACCAGGUGUUGGACAUGAUAUUGUCGUCAUACUGUGGUUUGUGAAAUGCUUUGUAAUGGAUUGCCUUAACUGAAGAUUAAUAAAAAUAUUGACACCUUUGGCAGAAUGCAA